AAAAAAAAAAAAAAAAAGGGAUGCAGGCCCGCUGCAGGCCCAUGCUCCCUCCCCACUGGGGGCGCAUGUCUUCUGCCCCUGUCCUAGCUGGCGGCUUCUGGGGCUCACACACACACACACACGCUCUCUCUCUCUCUCUCUCUCUUUCCUUUCACUCUGAGCCCUGUAUCAGCAGUGGCAGCUUUUGCUCCUCCCUUUCGCCGAGCCCCUGUCCCUGAGACGAUGGCUUCUACUAUUGAUGGCGCCCUGCUGGCGGCCAGACAGGCAACGGAUCUGGGCCCUCUACGCAGUAGUCACAAUAGGAAAUACUGGGAUAGGCUCUCCGGCGCGUUGCGAUCACUUCUUGUCUCGGUAUGCUGCGCGCUCUGCCAUAUGGGCUGAUGCAGUCGGAAGCGAACCGGGGGGGAGGGUUAGGGGUUUGAGGGUUUCUAGGACAAGACGUUCGAGAAACACAAUGAUGGUGAUGAUCGUGAUCAUGAUCAUGACAACAGCGACGAUGGCGAGCCUUCUUUCCGGGUCCCCCCCCUGGUGUUUUGCCCAUUUGUUGCUGCUCAUACUCUCGCUCUUUCUCACUUUGAUUUCCCUGCGCGCGGGUUUCUGGGCGGACAGCGUGGCACCGUACGAUGGCCCAUCCGAUUCCCCUCUUUGACUCGGAUGAAGGAGGAUGAGGAGGAGCAGAAAUAAAAGGAUUGACAGAGUUUGAAAGUUAGCUGGUCGCUGACUCUUACCGGGUGCGAUCUUUCCCGUAUAGGGAGUAUGCAAAUCUCAUUUAGAGUACCCCCUUUGGCCCCUUUGGGGCCUUUCUUAACGCGCCGGUGCUAUCGAGCGAACGAGUGAUGGAGAGAGAAAAAAAAAGGUUGCCUCGGCCCUGACCGUCCUUGAUAGCUCGUCGAGCUUGACUUGAACUGGGUGAUAGAGAAGUUGCGCUGUUGCUGCCGAUGGGGGACGACGAGUGGUUG